AUGGCUAACCCAACCAACGAGGCUAUGGAGGAGGAUGACUACAUCGACAUCGACGACACAGGGCCAGAGGGUCUCAAGGGCGCUGACGGGGAAGAGUACAAGCGCUCCUGGGACGUAAUUCAAGAAGACGCCAGCGGCAGCAUCCAAAGCAGUAUCACCGAUCUAAACUCGCAGCGAAGCCGCAAGCGGCGGCAACAACGGUCGACAGAAACACUCCAGCGCGGAAUAAUCCGACACGUGGUUCUUGUAAUCGACCAGUCGGAGAACAUGAGCACGCGCGACCUGAUGCCGUCGCGGAUCCAAGCGACGUUGGCACUGUUGGAGCAGUUUGUCGGGGAGUUUUUCGACCAGAAUCCAAUUUCGCAGCUGGCACUGGUGGCGACAAAGGACGGGCUGGCGGAGAAACUGACGGAUCUGAGCGGCAAUCCGAGGGACCAUUUGGGAGCGCUGAGGGAUAAGGCUAGUGGGGAUUUGGCUGGCGAGCCGCGUGCGCCGGCGCAUGGGUCGCGCGAAAUCGUCUGCGUAUUCGGCUCCCUCACGACCUGCGACCCAGGCGAUAUUGAGCAGACUUUGCGGGCACUACAGGCGGCCGAGGUGCGCGUCUCCAUGGUGCAUUUGGCAGCGGAAGUGCACGUGUUCCGGCGAAUCUGCCAGUCUACCGCGGGGGUUUUUGCCGUGGCCGUUGAUGAGGAUCACAUGCGGGAGUCGCUUUUCGAAAAUAUUCCGCCGCCAGCAUUGGUUAAGGAGCGUGCGACGGCGGAUAUGGUGCAGAUGGGGUUCCCGGUUAAGGCGCAGAUGGGCGAGGUGCCGUCACCCUGUGUGUGUCAUCAUGAGCUGCGGUUUGCUGGGUUUCUGUGCCCUCGCUGCGGCGCCAAAGUCUGUGGACUACCGACGGACUGCGAUGUCUGUGGGCUGGCGCUAGUGUCGGCGCCGCAUCUGGCUAGGUCGUAUAGGCAUUUGUUUCCUGAGGAGAAUUUUAGAGAGGCUGGGAAGAGGGCGGCUGGGGCGGUGGUGGUGUGCUUUGGGUGUGGCGCGAAGGAUGCUGGAUUUGAGUGCGUCGGAUGUAGGCAGGCGUUCUGCUUGGAGUGCGAUGUAUUUGUGCAUGAGACGCUGCAUAAUUGCCCUGGGUGCGUCUGA